AUUAACUGGGAGACUAUUCCAUAAUUUUGGGGCUUGGUAAGAGAAAGCUCUGCCCCCCGCCGUGGUUUUGGCAAUGCGUGGUAAUGAUAGACAGCCUGCAUCCUUAGAGCGAAGUAGGCGUGGCAGAACGUAAGAUUUAGACCUGAGGAAGACCUGGCAGGAGAACACACAGCUUUGAUUAAAAUGGAUCGCAAGUUAAGAGAGAAACUGCAGGAGCAGCUGGGCAAGUACAUCUUAGACACUCUCAAAUACUCUGAAACGGUGAAGGAGUUUUGUGACAGAGAAUCAAAAUGGACCUUGCAGAGAGAGAAAGAGCGUGAUAUGAUCAGAGACAUCAAAGACCGGGCCGAUCAAAUCACUAUGAAGUUCGACCAUGUUCAGAAGGCUGAGGACAAGGCCAAAGCUUUGGGCGAGUACAUGUGGAGCGGCCUGACCCAGGUUACAGCAGAUUCCAGAAGGCAGGGGCUGGAGAAGGAGCUUGGAAAAGUUCUGAACAACACUUUAAAAGGACUGGAGAAACUCCAACACUUCCUGGAUGCAGUGGAGAAGCUAGCCGUCACCUCACUGUUCGUCUUCAUGGACGAGAGCUUCAUGCCAAAGGGAGUGAGCUCCAUGUCCGUACGUUCAGUGAUCUCUGCAGCCAGAAUCGUGUCUCCGCUCCUCAUCCACUUCAAGAGAGACGCCGGAGCUUUCUUCCUGCCGAGCCUCAGCAAUGUGGAUGUUCUGGCCUUCCAGCUGGACAAAUACAUCACCAAGACAAAGGAGAUCUGUGAAAAGAUGGAGGAAGGAUGGAAAAAUGGGAAAUCUUCACUGAAAUUUAAUUUGAACAUGAGUGAGGAGUCUGUGCAGGAACUGUAUUACCAUUUACUCCAGCUAACCGAAGUCAGGAUGGACGAGUCCUUCAGGCUGACGUUCCUAUUUGGUGCAAACUCACAGCACUUCAUUAAUUUAUUCAGUGAGCGCCGCCCGAGAAUGCUUCAGUACCUGUCUGAUUUAGAGAAGGCUGCAGUUCAGCUGGACAAGAUGAAGAAGGGCUCCAACAUCUCCACUGUAGCUGGAAGUUCAGUCGGUGCUACAGGAGGUGUUUUGUCUAUCGUAGGUUUAGCUCUUGCUCCUGUCACUGCAGGUGUAUCUUUGGCCCUCACACUCACAGGCGUUGGUCUCGGAGUCACCAGUGGUGUCAACAGCCUCGUUACAGGCAUCACUGAAAUGGCAGUCAAUGAUUGUCAAGGGGAAAAGGCCAAUGACAUCUUCAUCAGAUUUAUGAAAGACGUGCAGAAGAUCCUAGAUUUCAUGGAAGAUGUGGCCAGCAGUGAGGGUCCAGCAGCAGCUCCUCAUGGUGUCACCACAGCCUUUAAAGUGGGGAAACUGGCCAUUUGCGCCAGAGCUGUAGUAAAAGGUAUUGAUGCUAUUGUGGAUGGAGUUUCAGCUGUAAAAGCUCUCAGAAGUGAGGAGGUGAUUGCAAAGGCAGUUAAUCUAGGGCUUCAUGAAGCUAAAGCAGGUCGGAACAUCCCAAAACUGGCUGCAGAUCUUCCUGACAUUGGGCAGGUGGCUAAAGGAACUCCUCUGGCCCUUUCAAAGUCAGCCAGGGCAGGGUUCAUCGGCUUAAAUGCCCUCUUUAUCGGUGUAGAUGUUUUGUUCAUCUGUAAUAGUAGUAUUAGUCUGGCCAAAGGGAGCAAAAAUGAAGUGGCUCAGCUCAUUCGCUCCAGAUCAGCUCUGUGGCGCUCAGAGGUGGAGGCCUGGGAGAAGAUCCAUUACCAUCUGUGUAAAGGAAUCUCAACAUUUGGCAAGAAUUGGAAAAUUCUAGAGCAGCAUUUUCACAUUUAAAGAACAAAUUUGAGCAAAACACUGACCUGGCAGUGAGCGUGAGCAACAAUUUUAUCCUGAAAUCCUCAAACUUUUGCUUAAAAUGCCAAUCCUCUUAAGAGUAGCCAAUCAUCUGCAGUCUUUCACAUUUUUCUCCUGCUGAUCUGAAUAGAAAGAAACCAGAAAGAGUCUGUUAAAGAAUCACUUAAUUUCCCCAGUAUUUUAAAAAUUUUGUAAUAAAACACUUCUCUUCAUAAAUCUUUGGUCUUGAACCCAUGAAUGAAGAUGAAUUUUCUUUUACAUUUAAACUGAUUAUUUGGUGUCACUGUAUUGCACUAGAUCUGAAAUGUUUUCUGUUAUUCACACGUUAAAGCACAACUUGUCCUUUUGUGACAGAAUGACAGAAUUAACUAGCUGAGUAAUGUCUAAUCACAGCAUUUCUACACUUUUAUUUCAUGAAUAUUUGCAUUGUAUUUAAAAAAAUAAUAAAAGUAAUAAUCAAAUGAGUAACGCAGGUAACACUGGAGAUCAAAAUGUUAAUGAUAAGAUUCACAAACUGUAAAUAAAUUGCUAAUAAAUGUCCUGAAAUUCAGUAAAUGUCACCUUCAGUUCUGUGCAGUUUAUUGAAUGGAUGUGUGUCUUUAAGAUGUAAUAUGUGAGUGGAUAUUUUCACAAAUAAAAGCA